GCGCGAAGAGAGAAGUUGACGCAUACUUAAACACACAUAGAGUUGAAGAUAAAUAUCUGCUCGACACCAACUGAAAGAUGACAGGCUUGUUGUUGCUACGUGGAAGGUGAUGUAAAUUUUGAAGUCUCGAGCGGUCUCAAUUGGUCUCUCGUCGCCAUAGCCGACAGUUUAACGGUCUUGUGUCCCCGUUCGCUUGCAGGAGUCGUACCGAAUCGUACGCAGACAGGUUCACCUGAACCUCCUUACAGGCAAAGAUCGACCGACCGACCUACCGCGCGCGCGAGAUAGAUAGAUACACAGAGAGAGAGAGAGAGAGAGAGAGAGAGAGAGAGAGAGAGAGAGAGAGAGAGAGAGAGAGAGGGAUUUUGAAGCAGAUGCCAUGGGCUCGUUUGGGGAAUCGAUGAUGGGGGGUUUGUGGAAAUUGGUCUGGGCGUUGAUGGCGGUCGGCGUGUGUUUGGUGCUCGUCCACGUGAAAGGUGAUGUUGCGGUACGCCCUUCAUUUGAUUGUAGAGACAAAUACGUUUUCGGACCUCCUGAUAAACGUCCACGUUUCGAGUUUGGGUACCACAUAUAUCCUGGGUGCAUUUGCCAACCUCCGUGGAUUCCAUACGAUCCUGUCUGUAGCUCUUGUUGUAUAGGCUACACCAAUGAGUGCGAAGCAAGAUGCAACAGGGCCGUUGUUCAGCACAAAGGGAAGUGUUCCCGCAACUGCACCUUCCAUUAGAGCCACUCCUAUCUCCUCUGCAGCUCUGCUCGCCUCCUGCGAGGGGGUGCCGUCGUGCCGACGGUGUUCAAGCGAGACGAUUGUUCCUGCGGUUCCGACGAACCCACGUAUCGCGGCAGCAAGCGCCGUGCACAAUGGCACUGCAUUGAAUGGAGAAGAACAGGCAAGUGCGCGUGAUGGCUGCCAGGCAGUAGAGAACUUGCCGAACUUCGCAGAAUGCAAGAAGCAGCUCUCUCUCUCUCUCUCUCUCUCUCUCUCUCUCUCUCUCUCUCUCUCUCUCUCUCCUUUCUUUCUAUUUUUAUGUGCGAGGUGCCUGACAGUGCCUGUCCAGCUAUCUGUCGUUUUGCCCCCGUGCGUCGCACCCAUUUUCUGCCAUCUCAUCCUCUGCUUGUUUCUCUUUGCUUUUGUGAGGGCAUGCGUGUGUGCCCUUGAUUUUCGUGCGUGGGCGUGACACUUUCGGUGCGCUAUGCGUUGUGGGGAUGUAUGUAAGCUAUCCUGCCCAUGAUGUGGGGGGAGGGUGAUGGUCCGCAGGGCGCUGGGCGAGGGGUCGAAAAUUGGUGAGAUCGGCUGGAUUUGGAGGAUCUGCGGUGAGCGGGCGGCCACGGGCGUUUCUUAACGAAUUCUUCACUCGGCAGAUGCAACCCCUGGAGGGCUGUUGGAGGGGGAGGCCGCCCGCGUGGGCGGCCGGGCGACAACCACAGAUCUACUGUUGCAGGCCAUGCGUCGUUCCCGUGUGUUUCUUUUUUUGUCUUUCACGUCUCACUUCCGUUCGCGCGUUGAAGGUUUGUUUUCAUUUGUCGGUGUACCGUUGGUUUAUGCUCCAUAUACUUUCUUUUUGUGAAUUCAGAGACAAUGAAGUGUGGAUUUUUUUCCCCCUUUUUUUUUGUUGUUGUUGUGGAUUUCGUUUGAGUUACCGCAAGAACUUUGAUUUAGUAUUUUUUGGAAUUUUUGUAAUUUUUGUAAUUUUUGUGCUUUGUGCUUUGUGCUUUGUGCUUUGUGUGCUUUGUGCUUUGUGCUUUGUGUGCUUUGUGCUUUGUUAAGGUAGGUGGCAUUAAAGUUAUUGUAGAAUAACAGUAGAAGAAGGCCAGUGAGGAACUGAUGAUAGAACGUAAUGCAUAUACUAGGCGGAGGAGCUGGUUGUGGAGGUGGCUGUAGAGUUGGAUGUGAAGUUGGCUGCGGGCUGUAGCAGUAGCACCGAACAGGGUUGGGUGUCUGAUCUGCAGGCUGCAGGCUGCAGCUGGGGAUGGGGAUGGGGAUGGGUUUGGCCAGCAAAUAUGCGGACUUUUGGUUCGUCCCAGGUGUCGGCGGAAUACGAGUUGCUCCCCAUCCCAAUGA